GGUCACAAAGGCGGUUGCCAGGCGCCCGGAGGAGAAAAGUUGCGGCCCGGGAACAGCAGCCGCCACUCUGGAGCGUGCGGCCGGCGGAGUUCAGCAGAUGAGGCCGUAGGAAGAGUCUGGGAUUAAGUCUAUCAGAGUUAACCACCUCCCCUGUGACCACCCUGCCAGGAUGGUGCACCAGGGCGGCCUGAUCUUGGAUACAUGCUAUCAGGUCACAUCAAGCAUCCAAAGCCUUUCACAGGCUGUUUGGAAUAGCGACCUGCCCCCUGGGAGUCCACUUCUCUUCCUGAGCAGCCCAGAUAGCUGAGCACAGUGUGAGAAAGGACCUGCAUAGAUCAGGAGAAACUCAGCAGGACUGUCAAUGGCAGGAUACCAGCUCUGGUCACCAUGGACCCCACUGGACGAGAGCUUCCAAUGGCUGCGGCACACGACACCCACACCUUCUUCUAAGCACCCUUUCAGGGCUUCCCCCUGCAUCCCACAUACUCCUUCUGACCUUGAGGUGCAGCUGUGCUUUCAAGAGGUCACUCUAGUCCUAGACAGCCCAUUCCUGGAAACUGGGGUGAGUCCCAAGUUGCCCUGCCACACCUCAGAGCUCCAAAAAACGAAUAACAAGAAAGGGCUGGUCAGGAAGCCCCAGCCCGUGCGCCUCAGCGGGGUGGAUUCCGUUUUUGGCAGGGUCAUCACGGCGCAGCCGCCAAAGUGGACUGGGACCUUCCGAGUGUCAGACAAGUCAGCCUUUUGCAAAAUCAUCAGCCGGGAGCACCAGUGGCCCACGGGCCUUAAGGAGCCCCAGAUUCAGAUGACGGUGACCAUGUGCAAGCAGAUGCUGCGCUCCAUCCUCCUGCUGUACGCAACAUACAAGAAGUGCACCUUCGCGCUUCAGCACUCCAAGUAGCAGGCUGGCGACUUAUCCCCACGCCACGCCCUCUGCCGUGUGCUGGAAGCUGACAGAGCCUGUGCAUGUAAAGGAAACUGUGCCAUCGCUCCAGCUGCCUUGUUUUUCUGGCAAGCAGUGACACCUCAGGAGCUCCCUUCCUACCUUCCCCUGCAGAAAGGGGCCAGGGACAGAGCCAGGGAGAACACUUCCAUUGUAAAGCUGAACCACCAUUUAAAAGAGUCAAACUAGAAUUGACAUGUAUAUGUGAUAAAGGACCAUUAAAUGAACCAUAUAAAGCACAAGCCUAGUGUGAAAUCACUUAACCUCUAAGAUGGCAGUGAGUUGAGGGAACAAAGGGUGUCGUGGAAAGAGAUUUUGAGUUCAAAGAAUAUGCAUGUGGGUCACAUAGCAAUGUAAAAAACAACCUCCCCCACCGAAACAACAAAACCAGACACCUUAACACCACCAGAGAGCACAAAAAUGGGUAGAAAUGUUAAAUAUUAAAUAGUUACAGCCUGACAAGAAAGAACUUGCUAGCAACACUGAAACUGGAGACACAGAGCUCCCCAUUCUAGCUGAAGGGUACUCCUAAUGUUUUAUUCCUUGUAAUUAGAUUUUAGGUACAACCUGAACACUGUGGAAAUAAAAUGAGCAUAAAGUCAACAGGAGUUUAUGCUGCCUUUCCCCCUUCCGCCUUAUAUCUACAUGACAACCACAACAUUUAAACAGUAGCCAACACAUUCCUUUGAUUUUCUCUCUGCCUUAACAAGAUAGUCAUCAUUUCUGCAAAGAUGUCACAAAGACCUUCUCAUCUCAAAUAAAAGGAAACAUGACUAAUAAAACUAAUUUGUUGGCACUAAUCUAUUAUUUCUCCACACAAACCCCAAUUCAAUUCCACCUAAUUCCUGAAUAAUGAAGGAAAUCCAGGAACAGGAAUAAGGCAGCUGAGACACAACUUCAAACAGACUUUAUUUGUAGAACUGGUACAAGCCUAAUUCUAGAAAAAAUAUCAGUUUCAAAACUAGCUCAGCGCCCAGAACCAGGACUACUACUCCACAGCACAGCUACCCUCACCCCAACUGGUAAGUGAUGCUACCGUGAGCUAAGAGCAAGGGUCCCCGGUGAUGCCAGACAGUCUGCGAAAUACACACAAGAUAGGAUGUGUCCAGAGAGGCAAGUACCAGACUUCAAACCUGAACACAAAAUGCUAAGAGGCGGGGAGGGCGUCAGUGUGUGCUAAUCAGAGGCAUCGUCGCUGUCAUCACUAGCUUGCUCGUUUUCUGCAUCACUUGCUUCAUCAUCUUCACCAUCCUACGGGGCAAAGGAGAAUUCAGUAUUUUAGGUCAUCUGGUGACCCCAUGAGUUGCAGUACUGCUCCCACAGGAUACAUGCUGUGUUGUAUCAUUGUUAAAAUCAACAGUAAAUAUUAAAACAUUCCUUUGAAA